GAAGCCUCAUUCAGGAAAAUGAUAAAGCAAACCAAAUCUCUUACAUCAUAAUCAUAUUCUUCCAUAAAAAUCUAGAAACUUUCAUGCCCGUAAUUAAAGACAAUCAAAGACCCUUUAAAGCUCUAAUCUUUUUCAUGGAAUCUUGACCACCUUUUUGAGGUUUUAAGUUGCAAAGAAGAUGGGAUUUCAAGAAAAGGCCAAGAGAUUUGUGAACAAUAGAUGGCUAGUAUUUGUGGCAUCUAUGUGGGUGCAAUCAUGUUCUGGAAUUGGGUAUUUGUAUGGAAGUAUAUCACCAGUGAUCAAGAGUGCCAUGGGUUACAACCAAAGGCAGAUUGCUAUGUUGGGUGUGGCUAAAGAUAUUGGUGAUGCUAUUGGUUUCGUAGCUGGCAGCUUGUGUGAAGUUGCUCCCAUUUGGGUUGUUCUUUUUAUUGGGGUUCUUCAGAAUUUCUUUGGCUAUGGUCUUGUUUGGCUCACUAUUAAUCACACAUUGCCUCAGUUUCCUUUAUGGGUGCUAUGUGUGUGCAUAUUCGUGGGAACGAAUGGUGAGACCUAUUUCAAUACAGGAGCCCUUGUUUCUGGAGUACAAAACUUCCCCAAAAGCAGGGGUCCGGUGGUAGGAAUACUCAAGGGUUUUUCGGGCCUGAGCGGUGCUAUAUUGACACAAGUUUAUAUUAUGUUUAAUUUUCCUGAUGAAGCUUCCAUCAUUUUUGUGGUGGCAGUGGGUCCCACUAUUGUGAUUUUGUCCCUUAUGUUCAUUAUUAGACCUGUUGGUGGCCAUAAACAAGCUAGGCAAUCCGAUGAAACUAGUUUCUUUGCUCUGUAUGGUGUAUGCCUUAUUCUUGCUGCUUAUCUUUUGGCUGUUCUAAUAUUGCAAGAUCUAGUCGAUUUAAACCAGACUACUAUUACGUUUCUCACAGUCGGGCUAGUUAUUCUCGUGUUGCUUCCUAUUGCAAUUCCCAUUAUUUUGGUGUUUUCCUCUACCAAACCUCUAUCCCCAACAGAGGAAAGCCUUCUUAGUGAGGAUCAAAACCAGGAACAGAAUGAAGUGAUUUUGAGUGAAGUUGAAGAUGAGACACCAUCAGGGAUCGAUUCACUUCCUGCGGAUGAAAGGGAAAAGAGAAUUUCUCAUUUGCAAGCGAGACUUGUGCAAGCAGCUGCUGAUGGAGCUGUGAAGGUUAAAAGUAAGGGACCGCGAAGAGGGGAUGAUUUUACUUUGAUGCAGGCAUUGGUGAAAGCCGACUUUUUGCUCAUGUUCUUUUCACUAGUUCUGGCUUCUGGUUCUGGUUUGACGGUUAUCGAUAAUCUUGGCCAAAUAUGUGAAUCAUUAGGUUAUGAAAACCCUCAUAUCUUCGUUUCCAUGAUCAGUAUAUGGAACUUUCUUGGCCGUGUUGGUGGCGGAUAUUUCUCCGAGAUCAUCGUAAGGAAGUACGCAUACCCAAGACCAGUGGCAAUGGCUGCAGUUCAAGUAGUGAUGGCAUGUUCACUUUUCUAUUUUGCCAUGAGUGCACCUGGAGCAAUAUACGUUGUAUCCAUAGUAAUGGGGUCCUGCUACGGAGCACACUGGGCCAUCGUGCCCUCUGCUGCCUCAGAGUUAUUCGGUAUCAAGAGUUUUGGGUCAUUGUACAACUUUCUUGCACUCGCAAACCCUGCUGGUGCGUUAAUCUUUUCUGGUUUCCUCGCUAGUGGCAUUUAUGACUAUGAAGCCAAAAUUCAGUCUCAACAGACAUAUGGUGAAGCACUAACUUGCUAUGGGACUAUAUGCUACUCCAUCACUUGUGGGAUCUUGUCGGGUCUUUGUCUCAUUGCUGUCUUUUUAAGUAUGACCGUAGUCUACAGAACUAAGAGAGUAUACAUGCAACUAUACGGGACCUCACCAACUUGAUUGUGUUCUCAAGGGUCGUCACUGAAAACCCACAAAUAUGAAGCCUUUUAGUAUUCAUUGUUUUGUGCACUACUACAUCCCGUUUGUAUGUUUUUGCUGCAAAUAGUAUCUGUACAAGCUUGAUUAGGAUCUUGAUGUCCAUGAAUUUUUUGAUGGACUUCUUAUACAGAUAUUUUGUUGAGAAUCGAGAUUGUAUUUUUUGGAAAUAAAGAAGUAGAAUGCAUAAUUGCUGCAAACAGCAACUAUUUGCAGUUUGUUCCGUUAAGCCUUGACUAACAAAUAAACAAUGAUGCGAACAUUUUCAACAUUAUUAAGCUGCCAUAUUAGUACUUCAUGAAGUAGAAUACAAGUUAAUGCAUCUUUUAAUGAAGUGUGGAAAAUACUCUGGGUAUAGUUUAGGAAAUAUUAGUGGUAUUCGUGUGAUGUGUCAAUGUCAAAUGCUUCAAGUGGAUUCUCGAUUUUUAUAGGUUUUUUUUUUUGACAUUUUUAACGAUUUCUGUAGGUUUUAUAUGUUUCUAAUGAUUUUUACAGGUUUUUUGCGAUCAUCGAUGCUAAUGGGAUAAGAAAAGGAGAGAAAUAAUAAUAAUGUGUCAUAUUUUUAUUAGACGAAAAACAUGAUGAUAUGUUAUAUUUUUAUCAGAUACUGGAAGUGGUUUAGACGACAAGAAAGUUGAAAAUCAAUUGACAAAUAAAUUUUGUAACUGAAUUACUUGUGGCCUACUCACGAUUAUCAAUCAAGAAAAAAAGGGGAUUUUGGAAGCGAGGCUGGUUCCUUGGUUUGCGCAAUGAAAGAUUUAAGCUGUUUUUGUCAAAUCGGUUUUAUGUAUGCUGGUAGAUACGUCGCCAUAUGAUUUGAUACAUAAGUGUACGACAUGGUGGUAGCUCUUGGAGACUAUAUACAGGACAAGGGUAGCGAUACGCACCAACGUUGUUCUUUUCGAGUCAACAUUUCAGUAUGAUAGAAACUUGGAAGAUUUUUAAACAAGUGACUUAUUUGAUCUUCUUGUAAACUUCACAUAUGGUAGAACGAUGAUGGCAAAAAGCUCAAAACUUAAAGGGAAUUUAAUGAUGACAGAUAAAUCUGUUUCAAGGGUUUUGAAGAUAUACAUAAAUAAUUAUUACGUAUAUAUUGAAUAUAAGGGGGGUAAAGCAAGGGAAAAGUUCUCUCUUUGGUUCUGUUCUUGAAAAUAUCAGUUGUAUGGCCAGAUUUUCAUUUUCAAUCUGGAUGCUACGUCGUUUACUAUUUCGAGUUAUAAGUUGGUGGCAAUUGCUCCAUGUUCGGAUAUACAAUUGAUGCUGAUGCUGAUGUUCAAAGCCAGAAUUGAGAUCUUGCAACAACUACAUAUGGAUAGGCAUAGACUCUAGUAGGAGGGUGUUUUUUGGUCAUUUGACUUCUUUUAUAUGACUGAUGUGUUUGGUAAGUUGGAUGUUUUAAUUAAUUUGGUGAUAUCCAAGUGAAACUUGUGGUGAAUUUUCAUUUGUAUUACUACUGUUGGCAUGAAGAUAUUAAUGUUUGCUGUUAAA